AUGUGCGAACCUCUUGUGUCUGUGCCUACCGUGGGCAGCCGCAUGAUUUACUUUCCUCAGGGUCAUAGCGAGCAGGUGGCUGCAUCAAUCCAAAAGGAGGCCGAUGUGCAUAUAUCCAACUAUCCCAGUCUUCCAUUGCGGUUGAACUGUUUGCUCGACAAUGUUACCCUCCAUGCGGAUAUGGAGACGGAUGAAGUUUACACCCGGAUGACACUGUUACCUAUGAGUGGGAGUCCGGAGAAGGAACUUUGGUACUUCCGGCACAUCUAUAGAGGUCAACCUCGUAUACAUCUUCUCACAACUAGAUGCAGUGUCUUUGUUAAUGCUAAGAGACUCCAAGCUGGUGAUUUUAUUUCUGUCGAGAUGCGUUUCAAGAUGGUAUUUGAAACAAAGGAAUCAGAUGUGCAAAGAUACAUGGAAACAAUUACUGGUAUCGGCGAUGUCGGCCCGCUUAGAUGGCCAAGCUCGCACUAA